AUGGAAAAAAAGAUUGAAGAAGUAGAAAUUUGUGAGAUACUUGAUGGCGAGGACAAGGACGAGGACGAGUCCCCUAUAGAACAAGUUCGUUUAACAGUACCAACAGAUGACGAUCCAUCAGUUCCAGUAUGGACAUUUCGAAUGUGGUUUUUGGGGAUUAUUUUUUGUGGAUUAAUGUCAUUUAUCAACAUUUUCUUUAGUUACAGGCAAAAUCCACUUAUAAUCAGUAUGAUUACUGCACAGGUUGCGUCAUUACCAUUAGGUAAACUCCUGGCAAAAGUUCUUCCUACGAGGAAGUUUCAUUUGCCAGGAUUUGGAUUAAGCGAAUUUUCGCUUAAUCCAGGUCCUUUUAGCAUGAAAGAACAUGUUUUAAUUUCAAUUUUUGCUAAUGCUGGUGCUGGAUUUGGUAACGGAGGUGCUUAUGCUGUUAUUAUUGUCGAUAUUAUUAAGGUCUUUUAUCACAGGAAAAUAUCCUUCUUGGCUGGUUGGAUCCUUGUCAUUACUACCCAGGUUCUGGGUUAUGGUUGGGCUGGUAUUAUGAGGAAGUAUGUGGUUGAGCCUGCAGAAAUGUGGUGGCCAUCUACCCUUGCUCAAGUCUCUAUUUUCAGGGCAUUACAUGAGAAAGAAAAUGGUGGCAAUUACUCAAGAGGAAAGUUCUUUGUAAUAGCAUUGAUAUGCAGUUUCACUUGGUACAUUGUCCCUGGAUACCUCUUCAAAACUUUGUCAACAUUCUCUGUGCUCUGUAUGGCAUUUCCAAAAUCAGUGUUAGCACACCAACUUGGGUCAGGCCAACAUGGCCUUGGCAUUUUAUCUUUCACAUUUGAUUGGUCAGUCGUCGCGUACUUGACCAGUCCACUGGUCACUCCAUUUUUUGCCAUCCUAAACAUCUUGGCAGGCUAUGUUAUAAUAGUCUACAUGAUGAUUCCUGUAGCCUACUGGGGCUUAAACCUCUACAAUGCCAAAACUUUCCCCCUUUUUUCGACUGAUUUAUUCGAUGCCAAUGGGCAGAAGUAUAAUGUAUCAGCUAUUGUCAAUAACAAGUUUGAGAUAGACACUGCUGCAUACGAGGCACAAGGACGAAUAAAUCUCAGCAUCAUGUUUGCUAUUUCAUAUGGACUCGGUUUUGCAACAAUCAUCGCUACCCUCACACAUGUCUUCUUAUUCAAUGGGAAGGAGAUAUAUAGUCGAUUUCGUGCUUCAUACAAUGGGAAAAUAGAUAUACAUACAAAGCUUAUGAGGAAAUACAAGGACAUCCCUUCGUGGUGGUUCCACACGAUCCUUGCUCUCUCGUUAGCUCUGUCUCUCCUACUCUGUACUGUCUUGAAAUCACAGGUUCAACUACCAUGGUGGGGACUCAUUUUAGCAUGCGCGAUUGCCCUUAUUUUCACUCUACCAAUAAGUAUCAUUCAAGCCACAACAAACAAUUCACCAGGACUAAAUAUCAUCACAGAGUAUAUUCUUGGACUAAUAAUCCCAGGGAAACCAAUAGCCAAUGUUUGCUUCAAAACAUAUGGUUAUAUUAGCAUGUCACAGGCUGUAUCUUUUCUCCAAGAUUUUAAGCUUGGUCAUUAUAUGAAGAUUCCUCCAAGAUCAAUGUUUGUAGUUCAGCUAGUUGGAACGUUGAUAGCUUCAACAAUCAACAUGGCAACGGCGUGGUAUAUGCUAACACACGUUCCGUACAUUUGUCAAUUGGACUCACUUCCAGAAGGCAGUCCAUGGACUUGUAGAGGUGAUCAUGUUUUCUAUGAUGCAUCAGUAAUUUGGGGAUUAGUAGGACCAAAGCGAUUCUUCGGCCCUUUAGGAAAUUAUGGUGCGUUGAACUGGUUCUUUUUAGGAGGCGCGAUAGCACCAGUAUUAGUGUGGCUAUUGCAUAAAGCAUUCCCAAAGCAGAGAUGGAUCAAGCUUAUAAACAUUCCUGUACUACUCGGGGCAACAGCGAAUAUGCCACCAGCUAACGUAUUGAAUUUCAAUAGUUGGAUUGUUGUUGGAUUUGUGUUCAAUUUCUUCGUUUUUCGAUACAGAAAGAAGUGGUGGCAGAGGUACAAUUAUGUUCUUUCUGCAGCAUUGGAUGCUGGAUUGGCUUUUAUGGUAGUUCUCAUUUAUCUGGUUUUUGGACUUACAAAUCAUGAUAACCUCAAUUGGUGGGGAAAUGUUGAUGAAUACUGCAAUUUGGCUGAUUGUCCAACUGCUCAAGGAAUUCAAGUUGAAGGCUGUCCAUUGAUUUCUUCUAAAUGA